UUAUCUAUUUCUUUAUUUUUAAUUGAUACUAGAUAGGAGAAGACUGCUGUGGUUUGGCUAGGAAGCCGGAAUGCCACACGCUGUGCAGGAAGUGGUUACAUUCACCGGCUCAUGUCUCCAGAACUCAUUUAGCUAACACAUGUUCAUCCCCGGUCAUGCAUUGCAUAAACAACAUAAGCAAGCCGGCCGCGAUCUCAAGUCACCAUAGCAAAUACAAUGCUUGCUGCAACAAGGCUCCAAAUGCAAAAUGUAAAGAAUCAUGUAAAAAAUCUCUUAGCAGGAAUAAGGCAGCAGAGGAUAUUGUCAACUCACUAAGGAAAGGCGGUUGUAAAAAUUUGCCCCCUAAUGAUAAGUUGUUCCAAUGUUUGAUAAACAGUGAUCAUGAAGGUCCGAGAAACAGGACGAAAUUGGGAGUGGACGCUGCUAAAAAGUACUGCUGCAGGAAGGCACAAAGCGAGUUCUGCAAGAACAAAUGUUUCAAAGUUUUCACCGUCGAUUUCUCAAGCUGGCAGAUUUUUGAAGAGAAGUGUUUGAGAACAUCUGAAGGCGACAAUCUCGCACAGUGUUUAGAUGAAGUUGAAGAGCCUUGCGAGUUGGGCUGUGAUGGAUUAGGUUUCUGUGAUAACUUUAAUAACCGGCCUACUGAGUUAUUCAGAAGUUGCAACAGUGAAACAGAUUUAGCCGCAAGAUCGGAUUAUGGUGAUUGGUUGAGGCGAGGUGUCAUCGAGUUACCGAUGGUCAAGGAUUUAUACAUCAGGAACAGUACCAACUGUCAUCCAAUCACUUGGAAAACAAUCGCCUGCACACUUCAACUAAAACCUUGCCAUAGACAUACGCAAACCACUCGCAUAUGCAGGGACGAUUGUAAAAGAGUUUUGGAGUCUUGUUUCGACUGGGAGAGAAUCAGAGGCGAUGCGAAUAAAAUCACAAUUCACAAGAUCUGCGAUAUCCUCGCUCCACAGAAUGCCGAUGAAGGGUGCAACACAUUUCAGUCGUUCUUUGAACAUAGAGACCCCGUUGAAGAAGCAUCUAUAACGAAACCGUGCAAAAACCAUCCUUGUCGCAAUAAUCAGUACUGCCAGGUGAACAAAUUCUGCUCACCGGAUUCAGACUGUGACCAUCACCAAUGUACACCAGGGUGCCGACUUGGCGAGUCGACAAAGUUCAUGGUGCCUGCUGGAACAUAUGCAAAACUAGUGACGAACAUGAUGAAAAAUGAAGAAUGCCAUAUGAUAUGCCAGUGUUCUGAACAAGGCCAUAUCGAAAAUUGCGCUACAAAUUACUGCAAAAAACAAGAACUUUGUGUAUCUGGCGGAGAUAGAAUUGAGCAUGGGUCUACUUUCUACAUGGGUUGUAAUUUAUGCUCAUGUUACGAUGGCGAAAUUACUUGCAGUAAAAAGCAAUGCGCCGGGCAUGGAGUUGACAUUGCUGAUGUAACAACUCUCCCUUGCAACUCAACUGCAGAAUAUUCUCCAGUUUGUGGAUGGAAUGGAGUUACUUAUCCAAAUUUUCACCUUGCAAACUGUUUUGGGCUUUUUGAAAACGAUUACAAAAAUGGCACUUGUGAAAGUCGUGAUCCGUGUAACCCAAAUCCAUGUCCCAUAUCUGACAGCUGCAUACCAAAGAGGAGAGUGUGUUUGCACAGUGUGUACAAAACGUGUUCCCAAUACGUCUGUGUAAAAAACAAAUCAAAAUUUGUAGUUGACGGACACAUAAAUUGCACUGUCCAGCCGGAAAGCACGGUUUGUACCACUUCUGGGGAAACGCUGAAAAACCCUUGCUCAAUGCUUUAUAACGCGCAGGAGCUUGCUUAUCAUGGUCCCUGUAUGAAUUGUGUGGAUGAAGGAAAGGAAGUCUGCGGUGCAGACGGAAACACAUAUUCAUCUUCUUGUUCAGCAAUGGCAAGAUUGGUCCAUAUCGACUAUUAUGGCCCUUGCAUCAAUGUCGGCCUUAUUGAUAAUAUUCCUAAAGAACAAUGUUCAAAUGUGGUUUGCCCAGAGCUGAAACAGAAAAAUUGUAUAGGGUAUACUCCUCCUGGAGCAUGCUGUCCUGUAUGUGGUGGUGCUGUAAACCUUCUAUACAGUCAAAAACAGAUCGAUAGAAUUAUGGAAAUUUCGCUUAAUGGUGAGCUCAACGAGUCAUUUACUGUUGAAGCUGUUUUGAGCGCACUGAGCAGGAAGAUUCAAGUGGCCGAGUGCACGCUCAGGGGUCAACUCACCAUCGAAAUGAACAUCCUCAUUCUAGUCAUUCCGUCAAUCAACAACCCUUCAGAUUUACAGAUGGAGGCAUGCGUUCUCGAAGCUGAAAAGAUCGCAGUACUAGUACAGAGGAACAGCCCGCAGGUUUCGACCGAAUUGAGCCUGAGCAUUCUGACUGCUGCAAUAGUCGUCCACCAGGAGGUCAGCAACUCGGCUGUAAUUUUGCAAUUUCCAAUUCUUUGCUUAUUCUUAGUAAUAACAUCUUUGGGAAUAUAAUGAUAAGGGGACUUGUCAAUGCUUUAUAAUGUGAUUAGGGAAAAAGUCCCAUUUAAAAAAAAAAUUGUUAUGAUUGCUUGCAUUUCUUUUGUUACCAAUGAAUCAAAUAUUUUAUGAGUGAGGAGGUAUCCUUUGUUUUUAAAAUACAAAAUAAGCAAUUUCUUUGUGAUCAUUUUGCCAAAAACAAUUAACAACAAUUGUAUUCAAAGUAAUUAUAAUGGCUGUCCUUAUAAAAUUUACCUAAAAAGGCAGGGAAUGUUUAACAAGUUCCCUUGCAAAAUAAAUUAACUAAGGGAAAUAAACUUUUUGCAAAUAAUUGUAUAUAAAAUUUGUGUCUUAGAAUUUCAG